GUCUGUUUGCCUGAAGGAAUUCUUUUCGAAAAACUCGGUCUUGCUUUCUUUGCGAAUUCGGUUACGUGUAGUGUUUUUUGAGCCUUUUUUUGCCACAUGUAUCUUCCCCGUUGGUUCAAGAUUUUUCAAUUGAGCUUUGUGUGUGAGCGAGAGAGCCGUUUGUUUUCUUCCCUAUGGUGUCUUGCUGUACGAACACGCUCGCACUACGUAAAAGUAACUGCCUAUGUGUAAAGCGUUGUUUCCAUGACACAACUUUACAGGAGACUGGGUUUGACAGCUCAGCAAACUCACGAGAGCUCAUCAAGUACCCCGAAAGAACUUUGUGCACUGUUUCUAAAUUUUGUAUGUACUAGCGAAUAAAGCUAGAAGAACUACUCAUCAUCACGACUUUCUCCACAAAAGCUACGGGCACUCCGUCACGCGAAACAGACCAAAGUACGUCGUCGUAAGAUACUCAACAUAGAAUACAAAUAGCAAAAAACAGCAGCGCCAAAAGCAAGCGCACAAAAUGCUGUCUAAAUUGAUGUCCAACCGCGUGCUGGGCAGCGUUGGUGCCUCGGCGCGGUCGUCCUUCAGCUCGCAGCAAAGCCGAAAUUUCAGCGCGACGGCGGCUGUGUUCGUGGACAAGAACACGAAACUGCUGGUGCAGGGUAUGACCGGUGGCCAGGGAACCUUCCACACGAAGCAGGCCAUCGAGUACGGCACCAACGUGGUAGGCGGGAUCAACCCAAAAAAGGCAGGGACCAUGCACUUGGACCGCCCGGUCUUCGCCGACCUGCAAUCGGUAGAUUCUUUGUUCCACCUUUGAGAGGCAACAUAGGUUUCACUGUCACAGCAAUAAGUAGGCCUCUAUGUCUACUUUAACAGGCGUAUGAUUUUUUGAUGCGCCGUCGUGUUUGGGUGGUUUACACGUAAUAAGAAUACAAGUGAAUCAUACAUAAUAUCCACCACAUUCCGCUCUCGUCCUUUCCCUUUAUGGUAACUCAGUAGAGGUGACGUAUGAACCCAAAAUCAACAGGCGAAGAAGGAAACGGGAGCCAAUGCUAGUGUGAUCUACGUGCCGCCAUCGGGUGCUGCGGCCGCCAUUCUCGAGGCUAUCGAAGCCGAAAUGGAUCUCGUGGUGUGCAUCACGGAAGGUAAUGAAGGGGGUAGUUGCAGCACAAGAAUGUGACGCAGCUAUUGAAUUCUUGUGCAUGCAACCGAUCAUGUUGCCUUCAAAAUCAAAACGAGAAUCAUAUUGGUGUUAAUACUUGCGAAAUGAAGAGAGCGCAGUAGAGGAAUAUGUACUUCAUUGAGUUGUAAUUUCCACAUCAACUACAAAAUGCAAGGUAUUCCGCAGCAGGACAUGGUAAAAGUGCUGCAUGCAUUGAACACGCAAACAAAAACGCGGUUGAUUGGCCCGAACUGCCCCGGUAUUAUCAAGCCCGGCGAGUGCAAGAUCGGAAUCAUGCCCGGUUAUAUCCACCAGGCUGGAAAAAUCGGCGUCGUCAGCAGGAGUGGUAUUCAAGUGUUUUGAGAUACAACCAGCUCGCGACGUUGACCGUGUCAAAGUGAAUCACUAUUGGAUUUCUUGCCAUAUUGUAUGAUGCAUCCGGUUGAUGACUGUUUUUGCUUCACUUUUCGUUUUAUUCCAUCCUGCCCAGGUACGCUGACUUACGAAGCGGUGCACCAAACGACCGUGACCGGGCUCGGGCAGUCCACGUGCGUGGGAAUUGGCGGGGACCCGUUUAACGGUACCAACUUCAUCGACUGCCUGGAGCGAUUCGUGAAGGACCCACAAACGGAGGGCAUCAUCAUGAUUGGCGAAAUUGGUGGGACCGCCGAGGAGGACGCGGCGGAGUGGUUGAAGCACAACAACACGGGCAAGCCGGUGGUGUCCUUUAUUGCGGGUAUAAAGCUUAAACUAGCUCUAUCCAGAUGGAGCCGUGUACGAAGAGUCAAAUAAAAUUCAUCCUGAUAUAAACUGGGUAUGAUGUUUGUUCGAAUGUUGAUGACCAUUUUCACAGAAAUAAACCGAGAAUGAAACAACUACUAUCACAGGUGUCACUGCGCCGCCAGGGCGACGCAUGGGGCACGCGGGUGCCAUCAUUUCCGGUGGCAAGGGCAAGGCCAGCGACAAGAUCGCGGCCCUGGAAGCUGCGGGGGCGGUAGUCACCCCCUCGCCCGCCGAGCUGGGCUCCAACAUGCUGCGAUUGAUGAAAGAGAAGGGACUGGCGUAA